AUGAUAGAACUCAUGGCACAUGAGCUGAAUACGCACGAUCUAAGCGAUGUGCUAGACCUUCUUCGAGUCCUAAGUGAGCUUGGUUCUAACUCCGAUGUGGAUAAACUAAAAUUGAGAGAAAUUCGUAUUCUCUGGCAGGUAAUCCUGGGAAUCGAUGAGCACUUGUUCGAUCAGUUACAAUAUACCAAUUUGAGCCUGGAGAUACGAUCGCAUCUUGGGCGAGCGAGCUUUCAAUGUCUGAGGGGCAACGACCAUCACACCGAAUUUCCAGUGCAGAAUGCUGUUGGUGAUGUGCUAUUGACCAAAUCCCUGAUACGCUCCAUUGAGGAGGAAACAGGGCCUCAUUUGCGGCAAAACAUCACACAGGAACUAAGCAUGAUAAACAAGAUAAGACUAGUUCUAUUUGAGCUUGAGAACGUUGUAUCAAAUCUCUCUACAAAAUCACGUCUGAUGGAUUGUGUGUCGCAAGCUUAUGAGUAUGAACUAUACUACCAUAGAAAGGCUGGACAGCUCUUGGAGGAUACUAACAGUGGUUUGAUGAAAGAAGAAGAGUCACUGGUCCCACUCAUGUUCGAAACAAACAACGAGUCGUUCAAUACGUGCUAUAAACAAAGCCUAUUGAUGCUGACAGCAUCUGUGCCUUCCGGCGCGCCAGCACCUUCUAAAAUCCAGAAAGCAGCAAGGCUGACGGUGGAAACCUUUAUGAGCAUCAACUGUGUCAAGGUGAUAUAUGACCUGCAGCUGGUCAGUGAAUAUCAUUUGCGGAUCUUCAAUACCAUCAAAUAUCCUCUCCGCAACGCACAGAAUCGAGAUGUUCUCGAACGAAAGAUUGACGACUAUCUAUCGCUUAACCCAAUUAUUCCCAUCUUAAAACCCAUAAUACGACAAUUGAUGCAAAAUGAUCAACGUGAUACGAACGAUGAAGACGUCACAGAGAUUUUGAAUUUAAUAGAUCGAGUACUGGCAAGGUAUAUGGAACGCAAGAAAGCGCCUCUCUCUGUGAGGUGGUUUACCCGUAUACUUGAAAAAUAUAUUGACUUGUUGAGAGAGGACGGGCAGAGUCUAAGCGACGAUAUAUACUACCAAGAAGUUAGGCGCGCAGCUCUCAAAUGGAACAAAAAAGAAGUCACACCCAACUCUUUCGAAGAAGACCUGCUGGCCUUGUCUCUCAUUCCAAGUUCAGAGAUGUUUUCGUUCCGCGGGCAACAGUUACCGUCUGCGGGUAUGCGAUAUGCGUUGGUGUGUGUGAAAAAAGAAGUUGAGCUCAAGAGCAAAUAUCUGAGACUCUGGUUUGAUUCAAUGACGUACGUGCGAACAGAUCGCGAGCUCUUAAACAUUUGGAAGAAAUCUAUCAUCUCCACAUUCCUGAAAAAAUGGUACGACAAGAGCCAACUUUAUCUUGUCAAAAAUCAAGAUGCAAUUCAGAUCCGAAACACAAAACUCCUCAGGAACCAAAUUCAAAAAUGGGUCCGGCAAGUGGAAAGAAGAACGCGAAGUAGACACAAAGCGGAUUUGUUUGCCCUUUCUAAGAUGUUUCUCAAAUGGAAGCAGAAAUACGAGCGCUUCAAAGAGUGCACUCGUCCAGACGGCAAAGAGUCUUUUUUCCUCAAGAAGAGAUUCUUUAGGCUUUGGAGGACGGCUUCAAUGGCUCGUAGCUCAAAGCUCUCCAUGAUUAACGACAAGAUGACGCUUCAGCUGAUGCUAACCAGAUGGCAUCAGAAAUUUCGAAAUCAUCGUCAACUCAUAUGGAGAGCUGACCAAGCCAGAGAUGUUCUUAUCAAGUCACAUUAUUUCAACGUAUGGCUCAAUGAAUCAGCGCCCGGACUAAAAAAGGCGAAAAGGCUGCAGUAUUAUGAAGACCGUUUUAUUCAAGCUAAUUAUUUCCAUGGAUGGGUCAUGGCAUACAAUUUUCACAUUCUAGAAGGAGAGCUAUGCAGUAAGAACAACCGGCACUUGGUGCACUGGAUUUUUGAGAAUUGGAAGCAAUUUUAUCGACAUCAGAAAGUUUACAAAGAGUAUAUUGAGCGAAGAAAUGCCGAAAUUUUAGUGACAUUCUUCAAUAAAUGGAACACAGCACGGCGGCUGCUUUCAGUAGCAGACGAUUUCCGAAGGCAGUCUUUAUUGCAAAGAGUUUUGGGCCAUUGGAAACUGGUCCUUCAGGAAUCCAAAGUGUAUCGUCAAAGAGAGGCUAUUAUCUUGAAAAAAUAUAUGCAAACAUGGCGAUUGCGCACGCGUGAGGAUGUAUUUUUGCAAGGCGGAGCUGACAGAUUGACGCAGAAGAUGUUUGAGCGGUGGUAUUCGUUGACUGUCACACGAUCCAACCACCAACGGAAGGCCGAGAAGUUCCGUUCGACUUUCACCAAGAAAUCAAUUCUAAGAUUCUGGUUUUCGAAGCUGGCCCACUCCAGGGAUCUACUAGUGCGCGCUGAGGAGUGGCGGUUAGAACGUGAUGAAGAACACGAGAGGAAGCUCAUUUCGACGGUAAUGGAAGCUUGGAUCAAAGCAUUCCAAAAGGCUCAAGAAAAGAAUAUGAAUUUGGAAGUCCAGCUCGCAGAUUUUGAAACGUCUCAUUGCGAAGCCAGGAUACUUAAUCUUUGGAAGAAAAAAUGGGAAGACCAUGUUCGAGAUGACCAAGAUGCAAGAAGUUUCAGGACAUUGUCUCUGGAGACAAAAAUGUUCAACAAAUGGCUCCGUGGUUAUGAUAGAAUUUUGGAACUGAACGAGAUCUGCGAUCACCAUUUGGAGGUGAGCAAUGUCGAUCUCCUUUCUCACAUUGUGUCGCAAAUGUCACUCAAGGCGAUCAAGAUCCAGAAUGAUUUGCGAAAUGCUGACCGCUUCAAAGAGAGAUGGUCGCGGAAUAAAAAGAGAGUGUUUUUUGAUAUAUGGAAGUUCAGCUAUGAGGAAAAGAAAAAUAAUAGAGAGGACGUUUUCGUGGACACGAACGAGAUCUCGUCAUUAUCUCCGCUGGCCCAACGCCGACGGUUCACCGGAAUUGUUCCAGAGACGCCAGGGGUUUCUUCGGGGACGCCCGGAAGGUGGCUGCGCACGCCUGCUGUUGCACGGACAAAUUCAAUUCCUGCUACAGAACGAGUUCGAAGAAUGUACCUCGAGCAGCGUCGCAGCCAAUAUCGCCAGGUCAAACAGAGGUCGCCCGAAAAAGGAGACAUCUCGACGCCGACGCGCCGAGUCCGCACCGAGCGAACGUAUCUCGAUGAAGACAACGUAUUCAUACAACGCGAUGAAAUAUAA